GAAUCCCAAAUUCACAAAAGUGAACCCUAGUGAGAAAGGAAGCGAUGGCGAAAUUAAUCUCUGUCAAAACCUGCGACGACGUCGUUUUUGAAAUCGAACCUUCAUUGGCGAAGAACAUGAAAGCUUUGCAGCCUCUCGUUGAUGAAGACGGCGCUAAAGUGUCCGUCGCUCCCCUUCCCAAUGUUUCCAGCAAUCACAUGACGAUGAUCAUGGAAUACCACCGUCUCUCUGACGCCGGCAAAGUCAAGGAAUUCUCCGUCGAGAAACUGGAUAACGAAGAGUUGAAGGAUUUUCUUCUCGCAGUGCAUUAUCUGGACUUGGAAGCGCUUUUCGAGUUCCUUACUCUGGCGGUUGCUAAUCGGAUCGAGAAUAGGAGUGUUCGUUACGUGCGGGAGUAUUUCGGGAUCCAAAACGAUUUCACACCGGAGGAAGAGGCAGCUAUCCGUGAGAAGAAUGCAUGGACUUUUAAAGGCGAGGGUAUUGAAUCUGAGGAGUGAAACUAAUUUCUGGAAUUUCAAUUUCUGUUUUAGAAAUUAUUAACUAAACCCUAGCGAUAUAGAUUUUCAAUUUAGGUUGUUUUUAUUUUCUUUUGGGGAAGUCUAUCAGUUUGGGUGUGAAUCUUUAAUUUAAUCAUAUAAUUUUUCAAUUUA